AUGCCUUAUUUGAGAGAAGUGGCAAAUACUCAUGGAAGGUGGGGAAUAUCAAAUACUCAGGUACCUACAGAAUCACGUCCAGGCCAUGUGGCGGUGAUAGCAGGCUUUUAUGAGGACCCUUCUGCUGUUGCUAAAGGGUGGAAGGAGAAUCCUGUUGAUUUUGAUUCUGUUUUUAAUCAAACCUCUUUCACUUGGUGUUGGGGAACCUAUGAUAUUGUUAAUAUAUUUACAAAAGCUGAUGUUACUGACCAUAUAGUAGUACAUGAUUUUGACCCCUAUGAUGACAAUUUUUCUACAAAUAAAAAUACUACAUUAUUAGAUGAAUGGGUGUUUAAAAAUGUUAAAACUUUUUUUCAAAAUUUAAAGGAUGACAGUGUUCUUAGCAAAAAAUUGAAACAUAAUAAAAUAAUAUUCUUCUUACACCUCUUGGGGACGGACACUGCCGGACACACUCAUAAACCUAAAACAAAGAACUUCUUAACUACAUUAAGUUAUGUAGAUAAAGGUAUAAAAGAAAUAGAGAAAGUUAUAAGAGAUUACUACCAUGAUGAUGGUAAAACUACAUUUCUGAUGACUUCAGACCAUGGCAUGACUGAUUGGGGUUCUCAUGGUGCUGGAGAUGAUCAUGAAACUCAAACACCUUAUGUAAUCUGGGGCUCAGGAGUAAAACAGAAAAAAUAUGUAAAACAAGACUUUGAAACAAAUGGGAUGUCUUUAGAACACAGGUUUGACAUUAAUCAAGUGGAUUUGGCUCCACUCAUGUCUACUAUCCUUUCUAUCCCUGUGCCUGUUAAUUCUAAAGGAAAAUUGUCUACAGAAAUUUUAAACAUGUCAUUGGCCAACAAAUCCAAAGCUAUGUAUAGUAAUGCUAGACAAUUAGCAUCACAGUACAAUAAGAAGAGGCUUCAAGUUGAAGAAAAUGCUUUGCCACUGCUUUAUAAGCCUUAUGAGUCUCUUAGUAAAGAAAAAUAUCAAGAAUUUAUUGAAUUUACAGAAAAGUUAUUAACUGAUGGCCAAUAUGAAAAAUGUAUACUAUUAAGUGAAGAAAUCAUACAUUUAAGCCUUUCAGGACUUCAGUACUACCAUAAUUAUUACCAGUUGCCACUGCUGCUCCUAGUGACAGCUUCAUUUAUAGGUUGGAUAGGUUGCUUGUUGAAGAUUUUAACUGAACAACAAUAUUAUAGUCAAGCGGUACCCUCUAACUUAAAUAGUGUUACCUGUUCAAGCAAAUCUAUGAGCAAAUGGAUGAAUUCAGUGUUUAUAUUUUUAUGUGGACUCUCAUUCUUUUUGGUAUAUGCCCAGAAUUUGCCUACUCCCUAUUACUUGUAUUUUUUACUACCUAUAUUUUUAUGGUGGUAUGUUCUGGUAUCAUCAUGUACUUGGUUGAAAGCAUUUGGCCAAUUCAGGAAAAACAAACAGAUCUUGUCGUUAUUACUGCAGAUUUUAAGUUAUGCACUUGGUUCCAUGGCACUCGCUCUUUCAUUUACUUAUAGAUGGAUGUUAAGUGUUCCACUUCUGGGAAUGGGAAUGUGGCCUAUUUUUUCUUUAACUAAACACCAUUUAUCAAAUCAAGUGCUUGUUUCUUGGCAAGUUGGGUGUAUCUUACUUAGCAUAUUUACAUUCAUUCCAGUUGUUGGUAAAAAUGUCUUUAUAGAAUUAGUACUUAUUGCGGGUAUCAUCUGGUUAGUGGCAAUUGCAGUGUUCAUAUAUAAAAUAUUACUUCAUGUAUAUCCUGCCAAUUUUAAAGAUAAAAAGGAAAUUGUACUGACUGCUGUACAAGUUGUAUUGUUAAUUUUAUCUCUUCAAAAUAUUUAUGUGCAAUCUAAGAGAUUUGAAACAGGCUCCCCAGUUUCCUACUACUAUCAAACUCUAUCUUGGACAAUAUCAGCUAUUUCACUAGUCAUUCCUUUGAUGUUUUCAAAAAGAAUAAUGUGUCGUUUAUUAGCUGUAAAUACAUCUAUAAUAAACUUCUACCUCUUAUUGUCUGUUUCUCAUGAAGGGUUGUUUAUUGUUGCUUUGAUAUUUAACUUGAUUUGUUGGAUUUUUAUUGAAUUCAAGCUACUUCACUUAAAAGAUAUUAAGCUUGUAGAAAGUAGUUUUGACAGUCACCAUGAAGAUGAAUUAAAAUCUUUCGCAUCAUUAGAGAGAGGUAUAAAUUGUCAAGAUUUCAGACGAGCUUUCUUUUUUGUUGUGUAUAUUAUAGUUGCAUUUUUUGGAACUGGAAAUAUAGCAUCAUUGAAUUCAUUUGAAGUCAGAUGGGUGACAUGUUUUAUAACAUCAUUUCAGCCAUUUAUAAUAACUGCACUUGUUCUAUUAAAAACUUUAGCACCAUUCUUGAGUGUUGCGUGUAGUUUUCGGGCUGUACAACAUUUAACUAAGGCACCCAUUGGUUACCUAAAUAUGAUAGUAUUAAUAUAUUCCAAUCUAAUGGGAAUACAGUUGUUAUACAAUGUGAAAAAUACAGGAAGCUGGCUAGAGAUUGGGACAUCUAUAUCACAAUUUGUUAUUGUUCAAGUUAUAACCUUGUUUAUUGUUAUAAUUAAUUUUAUUGCCAAAUUGUUGACAGAUAUCAGUAUUCAUAGUUUUACUGGUAAAAUAUUUAGAAGCAGAAAAAAAAAUGUUUAA